UGAAACUAUCUAACGAAAAUUAAUCCCUCGCGAGUAUUGAAUAACCAGUUUUAAGUAAAAUGCUGCGUGUACUUAUCAGUUUUUGCUUAAUUGCCGGAGCAUUUAGUCAAUCAUGCUCUUCCGAUAGUUGUCCCACAGUAACUCAAAAGUUGGAAUCCGGCCAUUGCCCUAAAAUUACCGUGGCUCCAAUCGAUUUCGAUAAACAAUCCGGAGGAUGGUUUUUAUACCAAAGUAGCCGUAACCAUUUUAAUUACACAGAUAAAUGUCAAAAAUUAGAUUGGGGUAAACAGAUCAAUGGCGUAUCAAGAGUUGUUUACCACAGUGUUUCGAAAUUACUUGACUUAACUUCGGUAAUGAUUUCCGAAGUAGUUUCAAACAAACAAGGAACAGGUUUUACUUAUCACUUACCAAUUUAUGGAAAUUUAGUAAGAGAACAUUUAACUCUUGCCACAGAUCCUGAAAAUUAUUCAGUGGUAUGGUCAUGUGAAAAUCGUGGAUCCAAACAUUAUGCAUACUCUUGGGUAUUCAUUCGAAGCUUGACACCACCUUCUGAUAUCAAAGAAAAAACGCGAGAAGCAUUUGCUAAAUAUAAUCUCAAGGUACCGGAUAUGAUUACCCACGAUCUUAAAGAGUGUUCACGGACUUUUGCAGAGUACGAAUAUUGUGGCUGAAUGUUGUCAAAAUUAAUGUUAAUUUUUAAGCACACUAACAACAUGUAUAGUAUUUUUUUUAAUUUUCAUCAUCAUUUCUCUAUAGAUUAUAGAUUUUUAAGAGUUCGGUAAAUAUCGAUAAAAAUCAUUUUUGAACUUUUCAAUUUCUUUUUAAAUUUUUGUAUAUUUUUGUUUGAUUAUAAAAUAAUUAUAUUAUUGUUGAUUUUGUGUGCAAUAUAUUUUGUUUUCAAUAAAAUUUCUU